CAGUCGUCUGUGGAAACAUGGCGGAGAAAAGCCAAACUGCAGAUGCCGGUGGCUCUGAUCUCCGUAUAGUCCUGCUGGGUGUGACAGGCUCCGGCAGGAGUUCUGCUGGAAACACACUCCUAGGUCGCUCUGCGUUCUGGACUGACACGUCCUCGGUGUCGGUCACCAGCCGGUGUCAGAGGGCAGGAGGCGUGACUGAGGGGCGGAGCCUGCAGGUGAUUGACACCCCGGGCUUCUUCCACACCUGCCUGAGCCCGGAGGAAGUGCGUGUGGAGCUGAGCCGCAGCAUGGAUCUGCUGACCCCGGGGCCGCAUGUGUUUGUGCUGGUGCUGCGGCCCUGCAGGCUGACCCCGGAGCAGUGCGCGUCUCUGCACUGCACCCGCGCCACGUUCGGCCCGCACGCGCUCACACACACCAUCGUCUUGCUCACAUGCGGAGACACACUCGGCUCCAAACCGCCGGAGGACUUCCUGAAGGAGAGCUCGGAGUUAUGGGAGUUUGUGAGCGAGUGCGCCGGCGGAUUCCACGUCUUCGACAACACUAAAGCUCACGAGGACAGGUCACAGGUGUCGGAGCUGCUGCACAAGGUGGAUCUGCUGGUUGAGCGUAAUGAAGGAUCUCACUACACCGCAGACAUGCUCCUGCAAGCCCAGGCGGACAUCCUGCAGAUCCAGCAGAGGAUUCUGGGAGAGAGGGCGGGGCCUGUGGAUGGAGGGCGGAGUCAGGAUGCUGAGGAAGAGGGGGAGUCUAGGAGGAGGGCGGAGCGUGUGUUCUGGUACGAGCUGCUGACGGCGGUGGGCCGCGGGGCAGUGGAGGCGUCAGGAGUGAUGGAGAAGGGGAAGGGCAAAGGGAAGAAGGUGAAGGCGGUGCAGAGGGUGGCGGCCAUCGCUGCCACACCGCUGUCAAUCAACACCGCUGCUAAAGUCGUGGGCGGAGCCAUGAGGGAAGGGGCCAAAAUACUGGACAAACACAAGAAGACAUUCCUGCGCUGACACACACACACAUAAACACACAGGCAGUACACACACACACAUACAGUUGAAGAAUAAAUCAUUUGCCUUCAGGUGAAAAUUGUAUUAAUUUAAAUUAAUUUAAUGUGUUUAAUAAACCUUCUCUCCGUUAAACAGAAAUUGGGGAAUAUUUGAAAAAGAAUUAAAACUUCACAUGAGGCUGAAUAAUUUUACCUUCAGUGUAUAUGUGCUUUAAGAGGACUCUCCAUAGGCGUAAAGUAUUUUAUAGAGAAUAAACCGCUUUGGCCCUGACCAACCCCUGCAAACCUGUGGCAAAAACUGAAUGUGAAAACAACCCUUAAAGUAUAAUUUUAAGCAUUUAGAAUUAUGAGGACACAAGGUAUGUCCUCAUAAACCACCUUAAAGUAACACUUUCGUCACACCCACAUCAUUACACAAGUCCUCGUAAACCAUAUAAACAAGUACACACACUUUCUGCAUCAGAUGGCGAAUUUAAUUCACCAAGCCGAUGUUUAUGAAAAGUGGGGGGUGGCAGGCCAGAAUCGCGGUGGCAGGCCAACGGGAAAUGCUCCCUAUGGCCAUUCCGCCCCUGGCAGCUGACUUCAGAACAGCAGAAACCGCUGCUACUUCGCCAACACCACCUUAGAGCUAGUGUUUGAAUUCUCUAGCGCAAUGUCUAAAGUGCUGACAUGUUAAGAUUAUAAGGGUGAACCGCAUAAAAUGCCAUCAGUCUACAGAGAUUUCCCAGUAUUUCUCUGUUGCAAUCGGGAGAUCAGAAUAAAUAACUCUGAAAAAGCCUGAGCAAAACAAACAUUAGCAGAAACACUAGCAGAUUACUAUGGUAUAAAUACAGCACUACAACAUACAAAAGAGAGCGAUCGACUUUGAAAGUCCCUCACCGGUUUUAUAAUGAUUUGAUCAGCUGUAGUUUGAAAUAACGCUGAGUUUUUCCUCCUUAUUAUGUGGUCUCUGUCGCCAUCUUGUGGCGGAGCGUCAACCGUCUUUGCUUUGCUCAAUGGCUCAAUGAAUGCGCUAAAUCUCCUAAAUUAUAAAUAUUUAAAAUAGGCACUAUCCUUAUGAAUAAACUGCAUAGCUGCAAUCUAAACGACUACAUUCUCAACUAAAAGCCUCAGUAGUACAUUAUGUUGUCCAACAGCUGCAAUAUUUGUCAAACUGUAGUGAGUGUAUUGAUCUGCUGUCACUGUAUGUGGUUGGAGAAAUACUCAAGGGUGAAGAGGCUGUAUGAGUGCUGAUACUGCAGAAUAUCACAGCCAAUCAGAUUCGAGAACCAGACAGAACGGUUGCU